AUGUCAAUGUGCGACUUUGAAGAGGUGUCUCUCAACACAAACUACCGACGGUUCGCGUCCGCGUCCACGUCCACGCUCACGUCCUACUCGUCGGUGUCCCUGGCCGGAGACAACAAGAAGGACCGUACCCUGAGCGGCCGGCUGUCCAGAGUGUCCUCCACCACGUCGCUGGCGACUGAACCACCGGCGCCGCGCCCCAACAAACACAAAAAGACCUCCAACAAGUACAGAAACUCGUCUCUCAGCAACUUGUCCAAACUGGACGCCAUUGAUGACGUGCCCGCCCCCCAUCAGCAACAUCAACAGCAACAGCAACAGCAGCAGCGACCGUCGAGACAAAACUCCGUCUGUUCCACCCAGCAUUCAAUCAGCCCCACAACGUCGCCUCGACACUCGCGUACGUCUGUCUACUCGUUCCAGUCGCGGUCGUCAGUGGCGCUUUCUGAGCCCGGAAGCCUUGUGCUGCCCAAACGACAGCCGUCCCAGAAGGAAAAGAAGGCCGCCAACCGCAAGAAGAUUCUGCAAAACCAGUCGUUUGUUGACGACGACGAUGAGGACGCCAUCGACAUUGACGAUCUCAGCGCAUGGAACAUCCCCCUAGCGCCCUCGCUCUACCAAAAGACCCGGGAGUCGUCCUCCAAGCUGGCGCUGGAAACCCUCGGAGCCGCCUCCCACACAAACCUCCCUAACCAGUCACAACAACAACAACAACAACAACAUCAACAUCAACUCCAUAGCAUUAAUCACAACCCCAACCACAACAUGAACGCGCCGUCGCCGGCCAUGGACUCUUCUGCCAACUCAACCACAUCUACCAUGCUAUCAUCCGACGACCCCAACACCCCCGACGGCUCCUUCUCCGUCCCCCGCAUCAUGGACAUGUCAUCGCUGUUCGACUCGCUGUCGCCCAUAGCCCAGGAGCUCUCGGUGGCCUUCACCGAGUCGCCCAAGGCCCUGCAACACGAGCAGAAGAUUGAGCUAGCCCAGAACCGCCACUCCAGCGGUUCCACCCACUCAGCGUCGUCAUUGUCGUCCCCAGCGUCCUGCACCCGUCCGGCCUUUCUGCCCCCCAAGGACCGCAAGGAGGAAAAGAAGCAUCUGCGCGAGUACCAGCGCAUGGUUGAGGAGCGAGCGGCGGUGGAAAAGGCCCUUGCUGCCAAGGAGGCGAAGCGACAGAGCGAGCGAGCCGCCCGACAGCGCGAAAACGCGUUCCAGUGGAAGACGGAAAUCAUCCCCAACUUCCACACUGCCAUCCAAAACCCAGCCACCCGCGAGCUGUGGUGGGCCGGCGUGCCCUCGGCCUCGCGAGGCUUUGUGUGGACCGAGCGAAUUGGCAACGCGCUGGAGCUGUCUCAACCGCAGUUUGACAAGUUCAGCAAAAAAUCGGCCACCAAGUCCGUCGAGUUUGCCGACGUGGAUCUCGACUCGGUGUACCCGGAGCUCAAGAUGUUCGGCGCCGGAUGUCCCUACCAUGACGAUCUGGACGCCGUUCUGCGGGCCCACACCGCAUACUGGGCAGCCCGAGAUGCCAACGCCAACCCCCAUACCAACAAGGUGGCAUGUGCGGCAGCAUCUCUGAUUCUGGCGCUGGGCUCUCCAUUCCAGUCGUGGGUCGCCUUGGAGAACCUGCUCACCCGCGGCCAUCUCAUCAGACCCAUGUUUGCCCGGGACGAGCAGGCGCUCAUUGCAUGCUACACCUCGUUCCUCAAGGUGUUUUCCACCCGGCUGCCGUCGCUGUACCGACACUUUCAGUCGCAGAACGUGUCGCCGUCGGCCUACCUGACGCCGCUGGUCAUGUCGCUGUUCACUGAGCAGUUUUCUCUGGACGUCACAUUUCGAAUCUGGGACGUGAUGCUGUUUGAGGGCGACUCGUUCAUGUUCCGGGUCGCUCUGGCCACUCUGGCCAAGCUGGAGCCCUGUCUCUAUGGUUCUAAGGAGGAGAUCAUGGCCCAGUUGCGGUCCGACAAGCUGCAACAGGAGACUGAAGAUGAUUUUAUGGACGCGGUUCGUCAGGUUCUGCGGGUCAGUCAAUAA